GUGAGGCGUACCCUGUUAAACAUGGCUCCAAGAAGUAGUUCAGAACAACACACAAUCCACUGACUGACUGACUGACUGUCGUCUGCCUGCUGAAGGGCAUCUGUAGACACCAGAAAAUGGAGCUAAGUCCGCAGCCCGUCUCAGUUUCAUGAAGUGAUGCAAGGUGAUCAUGCAUGAAACGCGGGGCUCGCCGUUAGCUUCAUGCUAACUAGCUGCUACAAGUGGUGAGAGAAGCUCAAGUAAAAGAGGAAAUUAUCUCAUCUCUUGAUGACUCUUCAUGGAUUCUUGAACCUUAUGCCCACUGGGGUGGGAUUGAUGUGAACAUAGCCGAGAAGUGUGCAACUCCAAACAAGCAUUUAAAGACUAACCAUGGAUUGGUUGAUGCAAGCCAUUGAGAAAGACUUGGGAGUGGACCGACGGCAGUUAAGUUCCGGGCCUCGUUCUCGGGAGGUUGUGGCCCUCGUUCCUUUGCGUUGGGUGACGGGCCUCAGGGAGAAAAGGAUCGUACGCUGCGCUCGCUUUGAAAGCAUCAGUGCAGCGGAAAUUUGCACAUACCUGCAAUCUUCCCAAGCAAAGCUGCCUCCUGGCUGGACGAGAGUUUGCAUUCAGGGUCUGAGAAAAAGCAAGUUGAGUUACAGACUCAUCAGAGACUCGUGCCACCACCAAACGGAAAUGCAAUUGCAGGAUUCAUAUGUCAAAACGAUGCAAUGUGUGUCGCAGCAUAAUGUCAGGAAUUUGUGGCGGGAAGCUCAUUACAGACUUGUGCAAACAUACACAGGACCCAGUGAGCAGAUGCAUAUUGCAGCUGUACAUGCAGUACGUCAUGCCUUAGAGAAGCUUUUUAAUCUAACCUUCAUCUCACCUGACAAAGUGUCACCAUCUGCCUCUCCAGCCAGAGAGAAGGACAAAGAGGGUCCUUCUCUCUUCUUGCCAUCCAGUUCUUCUUAUUUUUCCAAAUCCCAGUCAGACAUUCUUUGUCCUAAUGUCCUGCCAGCAGAAUGUCUGCUGGAGACAGCAGAAAUGUUGUACGUGAUUCUACCCUAUACUCAGUAUUCACUUCAUGACAUUGUGUCCUUCAGCCCAGCCAAGCUUGCUAACAGCCAUGCCAAAGUGUUGUUCAUCAUCUACCAGGUACUAAUCGCUCUGCAGGCAUGUCAUGCGGCAGGGUUGUCUUGUGGAGAACUAUCUCUCCAGGAUAUAGCCGUAGAUGAGCAGCUCUGCAGCCACCUCAAACUCAACCUUGCUCAUUAUGAGGCCCUGUGCACAGAAAAGGAGGAAGUUGGUGAUGUUUGUGCUAGACAAGAGCCAAAAAGUGUCCCGCCAAAAGAAAUAAGAUGUGUGAGCCAAGAGAAUGAUAGACUCUGCAAAGAUUGCUUUGAUGAGCUAAAGACGCUGGUGCUGGACUGGGUCCAUGGACGAGUCAGCAACUUCCAUUAUUUGAUGGAACUGAACAGAUUAGCAGGACGGCGAGAAGGAGACCCUAAUUAUCACCCAGUCCUGCCGUGGGUUGUGGAUUUUACUGUGCCAUUUGGAAAAUUCAGAGACCUCAGGAGGUCAAAGUUCAGGCUUAAUAAGGGGGACAAGCAGCUGGACUUUACAUAUGAGAUGACUAAAGAGGCUUUGGCAGUUGCGGGAGGUAAUGGGUUGGGCGUUGGUGGAGACCUCGGUGUUAUGGGGUCUGGAGGUGCUGGACAGUCUGAGCACCUUCAUGUCCCCCAUCACAUAUCUGAUGUGCUGUCAGACAUUACCUAUUAUGUCUACAAAGCCAGACAGACACCCAAAUCAGUGUUGUGCAGUCAUGUCAGAUCCCAGUGGGAGCCCAAUGAGUACCCAGCCACAAUGGAGCGCAUGCAGAGCUGGACUCCUGAUGAGUGCAUUCCAGAGUUCUACACAGAUCCUUCUAUUUUCCAUUCAAUCCAUGCAGACAUGCCUGACCUGGACGUGCCUUCUUGGUGCAAGUCCUGUGAGGAGUUCAUUGAGGUCCACCGGCGCCUUCUGGAGAGCAGAGAAGUGUCUCAGCAUUUGCAUCAAUGGAUAGACCUGACAUUUGGCUAUAAGCUGUCUGGGAAAGAGGCCAUUAAGGCCAAGAAUGUGUGCCUCCACCUAGUGGACAAUCACACCAACCUGACAUCCUAUGGUGUAGUUCAGUUGUUCGACCAGCCCCACCCACCGCGCUUAUCUUCAUCUCAGUAUGCCCCAGCAGAACCUCCCUUUCUUGGUCUUGCUACUCUUAAUGUGCCUUCUCUACACAUUCCUCCAGUUAACGCAGUGGCCGAGACUGUGAAUGGAAUGGUGCCAGAGUCCAAAGGGUGCGAGACCAGCAACUGGGCCAUGGUGGAUAGAGACGAAGAGCUUGAACAAGGUACAGAGGCUCUAGACUCAUUAGCGUCCUCUGGCUCAUCAACGUCUGUGUCGUGCUCUGUCCCACUGCCGUCCAUCAGUGCAGGUGGAGGAAAGAUAGGUGGAGAGCACACACCACUGGUUGGUUCUCAGUCUCCAGGUCCAUUCCCUGGGGAUUUCACAAGUGGCAUAGGACCUGGUUUACGUAGUGCAGUGCUACAAAGAGGCGGGCCAGUGAACAAAAAACAAGGAGAAAAUGUCUCAAACAUGAAUAUGGAAGAAAUUAAGAUCAUUCUUCCUGAGGGUUUUAGUCCACUGCAACCUUUAGAAGAGCUGGAGAAACUGAACAAUUUUUUGGUAAAGAGUCUUCAUGCUGAAGUACAGCAUCCUACAACAUCUAGCGACUCCUCGAGAAAGGGCCCUCUAUUCGACUCUCCACCAUCUCUUACGCAUCUUUUUCAAAGAGACAUGCAAGCCCUCGGCGUUCUAAUCGCUGAGAUAUUUUAUUCUGCCAAACUGAGAGGACUAAAACCAGAAACUUCCCUCAGAAAGCGUUUCCAAGCCGUCAUGAAGUUAUGCUCUUCAAACCUCCGUGACGUGCCACUGUCUCUGCAUCAUGCUCUUCAGACAUUAUUGCUAAUAGAGAAGCACUCUGGUGUAGCUCAUAGAAAAGUCCAAGACUGCCCAGAUCCACUUCUUUUCAAAUAUGACCCCAUCUGCGAUGGUCUUCCCCCUCCAAACCCUCACCAGUUACUGAACUCCAUUAUCACUCCUUUCCCCUUUCCUACUUAUUUUGCUGCACUGCAUACUUUUAUCUUUUCCUACCAUUCCAAGAUGGGCACUGUGUGUAGCCCUCAGGGAAGAGACAUUGUGUUUCACCUGUGGCAGCAGCUUGAAGCACUGUUGCGGAGUAAAAUCACUCCAGAGGGUCUUGAGAUUCUCUUGCCUUUUAUUCUGGCCCUCAUGCUCGAGGAGUCCACGGCUGUCUAUGCAGCUUGGUACCUGUUUGAACCCAUCUCCAGAGUGCUGGGUCCCAGAAACACAAACAAGUACCUACUAAAACCCCUGAUCAAUGUUUAUGAAAACCCUCACUGCCUCAGAGGACGUUUCUAUCUCUACACUGACUGUUUCAUUCUUCAGCUGAUAAUGAGGCUUGGCCUGGAGGCCUUUCUCUCAAACUUACUUCCUCAUGUGCUGCAGGUCAUGGCUGGCUUUGAAAGCUGCAUCUCAGGCACUGGGGGUGAAACUUAUAAAGGGCUGAGGACCGGCAUGUGCAGUCUUGGAGAGGAGGAGGAUGAAGAUUUUCAGUGUGGCAAGGUGCAGUCAUCGUCUGGGUCUGCGGCUGGGAGCAUGGGGGGUAGCAGUGGGGUUGGCGGAGGUGUUGGACUGGUUGGAGACACCGGGAUGGUUGACUACUCCUCUGGUAUUAGCCUCAGUGACCAAGUAUUUCUUUCCGAGGCAGAGGACUUUCAGAAUGAGUUCUAUGUGAACAAUGAAGCAGGAGUGGCUUCUGGGAAGCAGCACGGCCAGAACUCGACAUCCAAAGAUCAGGACCAUGAAUCUUUUAGUGUGGGAAAACUAAGCGACAAAAGCAGCACAAGCGAGCUCUCUCUGGGCGACGACUCCAUGCGGGAUCGAGCCAGUCUGAAAUCAGCUGACAGCAGUCAGGACUUGAAGCAUGCCAGUGAGGGAGAGGAAGGAGGAGACAUGGAGGAAGAAGAGGUAAUUAAUGUCUGUAAAGAGGGGGCAGAACACCCAGCCGCCCUCAAUGGGGAGUUCACGGAUUCGGGAGCCACAGUCGCAACUCUAGAAGGCGAGAUAUUGAAUGAACUGACGCUAGAAGAGACUGAGAAAGGAACUGUGGAAGGACAAGAGGAAGAGGAUUGUCGUGAUCCAUCAGAGGAGUCGGAGGAAAAAGAGCAAAAGAUUCUUUUAGAUACAGUAUGCAAAACUGUUCGCUGGCUCUCAGCAAAACUUGGACCAACAGUGACGUCUCGAUAUGUGGCCAGAAAUUUGCUGCGGUUGCUCACAAACUGUUACAUUGGACCUGAAAAUCACCAGUUUGUGGCCUGUCCAACAGAGGAGAGCCACCUGGAGAGUAUGGGAAUGGGCAGUGUCUAUGAAAAGAAACCAGUGGUUGGUGAUCAAACAGCAGGACCUGUUUUGGACUGUCUCAUCUACAUAGCUCAACUUUAUGGAGAGCCUGUGCUCACCUACCAGUACCUGCCUUAUAUAGGAUAUUUGGUGUCGCCACCAUCUUCACAGCGUCUAAACACACGUAAAGAAGCAAGUCUUCUUGGCGCCGUUGCUCUCACACAGAAGAUCAUUGUCUUUCUCUCAGAUACCACUCUGAUGGAUAUGCUAAUGAAGCUCAAUCAAGAUAUUCUCCUUCCACUUUUAGAUCUUCUUACCACCCCACGAAUGGGGUUUCCCAGUGGGGUGCAAACACGUACAGCUAUCUGUCUCAAAACAUUGAGCCUAAUGGCUCUCAUCUGUCUACGCAUCGGACGAGAGAUGGUGCAGCAGCACAUGGCUGACACGCUGCGUCGGUUUUUUGCUGUUUUCUCUCUGCUGCAAUCUCUGCAGUCUCAGCUGAAUGAUGCCCCCCAGAGAGUUGUGGGAGAAGUGACAGUGGUGGAUGUUUGUACACCUGAAGAGUUGAAUGUAACAUAUGAGAUGGGGGUCUUGGAAGAGUUGCAGACAGUAUUUAAUCCUGAGAUGGCUCAUGCCUCCUAUAUCCCAUUCUACUGCCUUAUAGGUGACACAGCUAUACGGAAAUUGGUUCCAAAUCAUGAACUGGUCUGGCAUUUGGCCCAGUCCUAUCAUCAGAGUUUGAGUCAGGGGGGCAUAGAGACAAACCGUUCUUCAGCAUCCAGGUUGGAGUCUCUUUCGUCCUCUGGUUUUGACAGAAAGGUGAUUUGUAGUCCAUUUCCUGCUCCUUUAAAUAACUCCACAUCGCAGGGAGACUCCCUCCCUGAGUCAGGCACAUUUGGAAGCCACCUGGUCGGAAACCGCAUCCAAGUGUCUCGUGACCCUGAGUAUGGAGGCAAUGGCUUGGCCAGCUCUUGGGGACGGUCCAGUCAUCCAGCUCCCAUCGCCACCACAGCCUCCACCUUUGCUGCUUCUUCAACAGGGGCAUCUUCUUUCUCCUCCUGGAUAACAGGCCCCUCCCCAGAGGACAGCGCCCUGAAGCAAGAGCUCCCUCGCAGCACCCGCUCCCUGCAGGGCAACUGGUUGGCCUACUGGCAGUAUGAGAUCGGUCUUAAUCAACAAGAUUCACAUUUCCACUUUCACCAGAUCAGACUGCAGAGCUUUUUGGGUCAUUCGGGAACUAUAAAGUGUUUGGCACCGCUGGCAGGAGAGGAUUACUUUCUUUCUGGGAGUAAAGACAAGACUGUGAAGCUUUGGCCUCUUUAUAAUCAUGGUGAUGGGACAAAAGAGGUGGAGCCCAGGCUGACUUAUAGUGACCAUCGAAAGUCAGUCUUCUACGUUGGACAACUAGAGGCCUCUCAUGAAAUUGUUAGCUGUGAUGGUAUUGUCCAUGUGUGGGACCAAUAUACAGGCAAACAGAUUCGCUUGCAUGAAGCCGUGGAUGGGAAGAAUCCAAUUACAGCCAUCACCACCAUGCCAGCUCCACACUGCAGCAUUGUGUUUGGCAGUGCAGAUUCUAUUCUUCGCUUCAUUGAUCCUCGAAAACCUGGAUUGCAGCAUGAAUUUCGUCUGGCGUACAACAACGUUAGCGCCGGGCUCAUCCGCUACCUGGCAGUAAGUCCCUCGGGACGCACAGUGGCUGCAGGCUUUUCAUCUGGAUUCAUUGUUCUGCUAGACGCACGCACAGGACUUGUACUUAAGGGCUGGCCAGCUCAUGAGGGAGAUAUCCUCCAAAUGAAGGCUGCAGAGGGAAACCUGGUGAUCAGCUCCUCCACUGACUACACGCUGACGGUGUGGAAGGACCUCGAAAACAAGCCUCUUCGCCAGUACAAGUCGCAGUCGGAUCACAUCCACGCCUUCGACCUUUACGGUUCGCAGAUUGUCACUGGAACAGUGGCUAACAAGAUCGGGGUGUAUUCCAUGGCCGACAUCUCCCUGAGCCCCGUUAGCAGCACAAAACUGAGCUCGGAGAAUUUCCGCGGCACUCUGACCAGCCUUGCAGUCCUGCCCACUAAGCGGCUCUUGCUGCUGGGCUCUGAGAAUGGCGCCAUCAGGUUAUUAGCUUAAAAUGGUAGCUCUUAGCCGCACUAAACUCUCUUUAACCCCCUUUCUGCUGACAUUUAUUGUUUUUUUUUUCCCACAAAGACACAGAUGUCAGCUGGACUGGAUGGGCAGAAUGUCAGUUGGUUUAUUUUAUUUUGUUUUUUACAAAGUUGCAGCAUUGUAGAAACUCUGUCCGCAACAUCAUGCCAGUGUGGCUGCUUGCACUGUACUUUAUGGAUGGGGAAUGUGCCCCACUCUGUAGACACCUAUCACUCUGUUAUUAAAUUCUUACACACUUAGAUGUAAAGCAUUUAAUAGGAAGCUCUUAUUUCGACAGGGUAAUAAUUCCUUGUUUUGCCUAGGUCAGCCAUUCCGAUCAAAAGUACAAAUUUGAGAACAUUCUCAGGAAGGUUUUAUGUAGUGUUUACACUUUUCCAAAUAGUUGCUGAAUAAAACCAAAAAAAUAAAAAAAACCACUUUGAACUCACCUUCCAUCUCCCUUCAUAAUGAUUACAUGUAAAUCCAAUUGCACUGAUAAACUAUGCAGUAUUUUUAGAUGAAAUUGUUUCUGUUACUGUUACUCCUUCUCGAAUUGUUUCAGAGCAGUUUGUGUUUGCGUCACGAACAAAUAAACGUACACUUGCAAUGUUGGCGUACCUACUCAGAGCAGCUGCUCAAACAAAAAAAACAAAUGCACAACCUUUAAUCUACUGCACAAGAAUGGUCUGUUGUAACAUUAGAGUCUCGCUCUGAUUUUAAAUACUGAAAGUUUUUAUUCCGCAAAUACUCCAGAAUACUCCGCAAUGACUUUGAAAUGUCUUCAGGAUUAAAAAAAAAAUCAUGUUUAGAUGCAUUCUUGAUUUAGGCCUGCAGCAUCAUUAAAGGUUGAGUUUCACAUCAGCUGUUUUUUUAAAUUUCCUCUCAUGUUCUGCAUCCACAAAACUAAUACACAACCAGUCAACGCCAAGAAAAAACAUUUUGUAUAUUAACCUUUAUAUGUAACUGUUUAGGAGUAUAAAGAAAAAAAAGCCUAUAUAUAAAAUAUAUAUCAAUAAAUGUUGUCAACUUCUUUUUGUGUAAUCAAACAGCAUUUGUUUCCGUAACCUAUUCCAGUUUUAAAACCUUAGUAGCAUCAAACAGCAGACGCUCUUCUCUGUAUAUGAUGUUAGAGCUGUUCUGUCGUGACACAGAGUUUAUCUACUUUUCUAAUUAUUUGCCCGAAGUAAAAACUGCUAUUUAUAAAGAAAAUCAUGCCAGUGUGGCUGCUCUUUCUUUCUAUUAGUAAUCCUGAAGCGGAAAUAACAUUAAUAAUAAAAUGUCAAACAUUUUAAGUGAAGUCUAAAAAAAACAUUAAUUUAUUAACUUGUUUAAUAAAAUUGGCUUCUAUCUUU